UAGCAGUGCCAACUCCAUGGGGCCGGCCCUCUCAUGAAGCAGGGUGACGUGUCCACAUCAGGCAGUGGAGCGGGAGGAGCUGCAAAUUGCAAUGCUCCUCAGCCUCUGUUGCCACUGCCCCACAUACUCUAGAUUGCCCCAUCAGCUGCUCUUCUGCCAUGGGCAUUUGCUGCAGUGAGACAGUGGGGCUUUCUGGAGCAGUCCCCAUCCCCUUCUGCUUCCCUUGUCAAGAGCCACGUACCUGGAAGAAGUGGAUGCAGCCGGGCUCAUGGAGACCCGAGAGGCAGCUUCUUUCAGCCACGUGGCUAUAAAGGCAACUGUCACAAGAGGGAGUAACCCAGCAUCUGCCAUAACAUCAUGCCCCUGCGUUGCCGCCGGCCAGCCCUCAUCCUGGUGCCGUUGCUCUGGGCUUGUGUCUCCAUCACUAAUGUCUUCACUGCCGGCCUCCACUUCAGGGGCAGCUGCUACAAGCCGCCGUUGCGCAAGCUUGCUGAGGUCAGAACCUACCCUCGCCCUCAUGAAUAUCUGGACAUCUCUGCACUGCCCAAGAACUGGGACUGGCGAAAUGUCAGUGGAGUCAAUUAUGCAAGUACUACCCGCCAUCAGGGCGUCCCACAGUAUUGUGGAUCAUGUUGGGCUCAUGGUAGCACCAGCGCCCUAGCAGAUCGCAUCAACAUCAAGAGGAAAGGUGCUUGGCCCUCUGCUUUCCUCUCAGUUCAACAUGUGGUUGACUGUGCUAGGUCUGGGACAUGUGCUUCCGGUGGACAUGAUAUAGGCGUCUGGAAAUAUGCUCACAAGCACGGCAUCCCGGACGAGACCUGCAACAAUUACCUAGCUGAAGAUCAAAAGUGCAAGAAGUUUAACCAAUGCGGAACGUGUGUUACUUUCGGAAAAUGCCACACAAUAAAGAACUAUACUGUGUGGAAAGUUGCCGAUUAUGGCUACCUCAGUGGACGAGAAAAAAUGAUGGCAGAAAUCUAUGCAAACGGACCCAUCAGCUGUGCAAUCAUGGCUACCCCAAAGCUGGAUGAAUACACCGGAGGACUUUUUGCUGAACACCAGCAAGAAAUAGAUUUAAACCACAUCGUCUCCGUUGCUGGCUGGGGGGUUGAAGAUGGAACUGAAUACUGGAUUGUCCGGAAUUCUUGGGGCGAGCCGUGGGGAGAGCGCGGCUGGUUUAGAAUUGCGACGAGCACGUAUAAAGGAGGAAAAGGGAAAAGCUACAACCUGGGUCUGGAAGAGGCGUGCACUUAUGGAGACCCGAUAAUUCCUUGAGUCUGCAACUGGGUGUUAUUUGUCACACAUGCUUUUGAAACGAAAGGGAUUUUCCAGUGAGAUGUUUUUCUUCUUAAGAAAGGGAAGCGUGGCGUUAUGGAAACGCAUGCAAAUGACGCAUCAUAAGCACAGAUAAAUUUGUUCAUUCUGUAACUUCUUGAAUUCUAACCUGCAAAUCACAUCACCAAUGGGGGGCAGCUAUAGAUUACAGGGGUGGGGGCAGAGGAUGUAUAUGAGUUGCUUCUUUUCUAUUGGAAACUUUGAUCGAUUAUGUAGUUAAGGCUUUAGAGUUAAGGUGGAUUGAGAUCCAUAUAUUCCAGUAGGAUUGGUAGGGCCUAAUUUAAACAUUAUCCACAAUAUUUAAAAACAAACAAAAACCCAGUCACCUUAACUGUUGUAAACCACCCAGAGAGCUUUGGCUAUGGAGUGGUAUAGAAAUGAAAUCAUUAUUAUUAAUUAUUACUAUUAUCAUCUGUGUAGCAUCCCUUGCAGCCACUGUCCUGAAUAAAUCAGUUUCCAGAGGGGUAGCUGUGUUAGCCUGUUGCAGCAAAAACAACAGUCCUGUGGCACCUUAACGAUUAACAAAUUUAUUCUGGCAUAAAAGCUGGUGGCAGAACUUUGGAGCUCAGGGUUGGUGCUUCGUGGAAAAGGGGUAGAGCCUAUAAUUAUUGUUGACUUCUCUUAGCUGCAGACUUAUUACUCCCUUUCUUAUAUGCUUUCAAGAUAUAUGUCAUUCCAAAAUAUGGCAAAUACUGCCAAUUUUUCAAUAAACUCAUUUGUACGUCCA